AGGUUGGAAUGGGGGUGUGUUUUUUGUUACAAACUAUAGACAUAAUUACAUAACAUUGUUACAUAAUGGCUUCCAAACUCUUCAUAUGCCCCCUUGCUGCUGACUGAGACCCACAUUAACUUGUUUUGCAGAUAAAAAGUGCAUGUGAACUCUCACACACACCCUGUUCACAACAGUCGGGUUGAAAUAAGUUUACUUCAGAAGAGUUUGCUGUCCAUGGACUCAGUCAUGAUUUUAAACUCCUUAUACGAGUGCCUGGAUUUUAAAGGCUGCUUGUUUUUUAUUUGUUUACUGCUGCUGCUUAUAGAUAUGAUCAGAAAUAAAAAUCCAACAAAUUUUCCACCAGGACCCUGGCCGCUACCCGUCCUAGGAAAUGUCUUCACUGAUGUUAACUAUAAAACUGUGGACCAGCUGAUUGAGAAGUAUGGGAACAUCUUCAGCCUCAGAAAUGGAUAUGAUAAAAUAGUGUAUGUGUCUGGGUUUAAAAUGGUGAAGGAUGUUUUGAUCACUCAAGGGGAAAACUUCAUUGACCGCCCUAUUUCACCUUUAUUUGACUCACUUUAUAAAGGCAGAGGGAUGUCCUUUAACAAUGGCUACUCAUGGAGGAAGCAACAGCAGUUUGCCAUGAGUCACUUGAAAAACUUUGGAGAGGGGAGGAAGACUCUAGAAGAACAUAUUCAACGAGAGUGCUACUUCCUGUGUGAAGCCUUUAAAGAAGAGCAGGGUUGCCCUUUUGACCCUUUGGUCAAAAUAAACAAUGCAGUGGCUAAUGUUAUCGGUAGCCUGGUGUUCGGCCAUCGAUAUGAGUAUGAUGAUGUUGAUUUCCAGAAGCGUCUUCAAAUGAGUGCAGAGUCAGUGUUUCUUACAGGAUCUGUGUGGAACCAGCUGUAUGAUACCUUCCCGGGUAUAAUGAAGUGGUUGCCAGGACCUCAUCAGACAAUAAUCUCAAACUAUCAAGAGUUAUCAAACUUCCUGAAAGAAAAGGUCAAGCAACACAGACCAGACUGGGACAGCAACAAUCCUAGAGAUUAUAUUGAUGCUUACUUGACAGAAACUGAGAAGAGGAAGAAUGACACAGAGGCAGGGUUUAAUAUUGGCAGUCUGGUGUGGUGCAUGGUGGACUUGUUUGAGGGUGGAACUGAAACAACAACCAACACACUCCGAUGGGCUCUGCUUUUCCUGAUCAAGUACCCUGACACUCAAAAGAAGGUCAGAGUAGAGAUUGAGCAGGUGAUUGGCUCCCGUCCACCUACUAUGUCCGAUAAGGCAAACAUGCCUUACACCAAUGCUUUCAUUCAUGAGGUUCUCAGGAAAGCAAACCUUGUGCCUCUCAAUAUGGCUAGAGUUGCGAGAAAGGACACAACUCUUGGUGGCUACUUGAUACCAAAGGGUACUGUGAUGAUCACUAAUCUGACGUCAGUGCUGUAUGACAAACAUGAAUGGGAAACACCAGACACCUUUAACCCUGGACACUUUCUAGACUCUGAGGGCCAGUUCUGCAGGAGAAAUGCCUUUUUCGCCUUCUCAGCAGGCAAAAGGCAGUGUCCAGGAGAGUACCUCGCACACAUGGAGCUGUUCAUCUUCCUCACCAUCCUCCUUCAGACCUUCAGUUUCAGUCCUCCUCCUGGUGAGGAGCCCAGUCUGGAGAGCCAGGUGGGCUUCACACAGGCACCUCUGCCAUACAAGCUCUGCGCUCACACGAAAUGAAGGAGUGAGAAUGGAGUGUAUGCAGUAUGGCAACUUAUCUGCAAGAAAUAUCACCCACAGCUUCCGUUUAUUUAUGGUUACACUCUGGGACUUUUACAUAUACAAACUAUGUACAUGCUCAUUUAAAGUAUAGUGUGAUGCCUAAGAAUUCCUGUAUUACACAGAUUAUGAUUUGGUGCUCUGGCCUUAAAAACUUGCCUCCAGUUUACACAUGGAAAGAAUUUAUUCUGUCUGAAAAUAGCCACGUUCGGUAAAAUUUGUGAACCUUUUUUUCUUAGUUACAUACUUCUCUUUACGCAUUAUUAAUUUCCCUCCUACCGUUCAACAGUUUGGGGUCAAUACGAUUUUGAUGAAUACUUUUAUUCAGCAAGGAUGCAUUAAAUUGAUAAUAAGUGACAAUAAAGGCAUUUAAAAUGUUUCAGAAGAAUGCCUAUUACUAAAACAAUCCUAUAAUAUAAUAAUAUUGUUAUAAUGUUAUACACAAUGUUAUAAUGGUAUGUUAUAUAGUCUAUCUAUCUAUGUACACACACUAAAACAUUUACAUCUGAUAAUACAUUUACAACAGUUUCCUGCCUUAUUAACAUUAUAUUUAUUUUGCUCAGCCUGACUCAACUGUAAACCCUAAUCAGUUGUCAGAACUCAAAAAAAGUUGAAUGAGAAAUUUAAAGUUAAGAAACUCAAAGUUUUAGUAAGAUCUUUAUUUUGUACUCAUACAUUUUUAUUUUUCUUAACUUGAAAUAUUUGAGUACACUGAUUUAUACAUUUAACUUAAAAUUAUCAGGUUAUCUCAAUGUAAAGAUUUUGCUAGCUAUAACAAACUAAUUCAGAAAAUGCCAAUAUAAUGGAAAGUACCUUUUACUCAAAAUGUGCCAAAAAGUUUAACUAUUAUUUUUGAGAUCAUUCAACAUCUAUCAGAGAUUUAAGUUAACACGAAAUAUUAAAGUUUAGAGUUCAGGGAACUUGAAAAAAUAGAUUCAACCAUAAUCAAAUAUUUUAAUGUCAAACAUACGCCCUCUAGUGGCGUUUUUUCUUCUUCUUUUUUUUACCAAAAUGUGACGUCAUCGCUGAAUGUGCACUCAGGCGCUUUCCCUCCUUGUUUGCAGGGCAGUUAGAUUCGACAGCAGGUCAAUUCAAGUCCAAAUACAUGCAUUUUUAUUUCGAUAGCUACAAAAAUAUGUAAGUAUUCAGCUGUUUAAAAUAAUGUUUCAGACUGGUCUAAUUAUAGUUGGUAUCGGUACACACACACACACACACACACACACACACACACACAAAACAUAACACUUAAUUUGAGCAUUUACUCUCCCUAUCGAGUGCCAUGGGCAAAGCAUGCUGGAAAAUGGAAAUCCCAGCCCGGUUUCAGUUAAACUUAAGUUAGUCUAAAUUAAAAGAAAUGAGUUCGUACAACUCAAACCAAUGAAACAGUUCAGUUUACUUAAAAUAUAUCAGUCCUGUGAACUCAAAAGAAAAAGAAAGUUCUAAAUUCUCAUAACAGUUAAUUUAACUGAACUGAUUUGUUCAAUUCAAGUUUGUCCUACUCAAACCAAUUAAGUAUUUUAAGAAUUAGGGUUUACAGUGUACCUGUAUUGAAGAACUGAUGUGGUGUGUAUCUUUGUGAUUUUGCUUUACUUUUAUCUUCCUUUCAAGUCUAGACAUUUAAGCUUUGCCUGAGUGACCAUUAGUGUGCUUUAUUGAUUGAUUUACAAGCAAUAAAACAUGAAUUCAA